AGCAACAAGUGUUUUAACAUUAAUGGCGAAACAACAACAAAACCACAACAAAAAAAGGGUUUCAGAUUCUCAAACCACUAAAAUAUAAACAAACUCAUUUUAUCCACUUCAAAAACGCCAGUAUACUUCAGUACAGAUUGAUUCCAUUCAACCCCAACAAAACCCAGCUCAAAAAUCCAUCUCUCUUUCUUCAGUUCGCCGGAAAUUUGCAGCCGGAGAUCGACGAAAAAAACGGCAAUGAAGUGUUGAUCAAGAGGGGUUUUUCUGUAAGCUGUGAAGACGAAGAAGAAGGUGAAGACGAACAACAACAACAACAGCAACAAGAAGAAGAAGAAGAAGAAUGAACAGGGGAUCAGAAGGGAUUUCGCCGUUUACGGUGUCGCAAUGGCAGGAGCUGGAGCAUCAAGCUCUGAUCUACAAAUACUUAAUCGCUGGCGUCUCCGUCCCUGCGGAUCUAGUUCUCCCUAUUCAAAACAGCUUCGGAACUUCGUCUUCAAGCUUCUUCCACCGCCCCACUUUGGGAUAUUGUGGUAGGGAAAACUCCUUGUAUGGGAUUGGAAUAGGGAUUGGGUAUGGGAAGAAGAUAGAUCCAGAACCAGGUAGAUGCAGGAGAACAGAUGGUAAGAAAUGGCGGUGUGCCAAAGAAGCAUACCCGGACUCUAAGUAUUGCGAGCGCCACAUGAACCGUGGCCGCAGCCGUUCAAGAAAGCAUGUGGAAUCCCAUCCUUUAACCACCUCUUCACCGUCGUUGUCGACGGCGACUACUUCUGUUUCUCCUCUCACACAGAGCCUUCCCCUUAAAUACAAUACAUUUGCUUCUGCUAGUAGUACUGCUGCACCUUCUGUGAACCCGAAUCAGUCUCAAUUUCAAUUGGAUUCUAUUCCUUAUGCUAUCCCUACCAAACCCUACUCCAGGCACCUCCAGGGAUCGAAACCUGAAGCUGGUGAGCAUCAGUCCUUCUCCCAAUGCUCAGGUGGCAACAGAUCUCUCUUAAUGGACUCAGCUUUGGACAAUACAUGGUCCUCAACCCAGAUGUCCUCAUUCUCUCAAUCAAAGCCGAUGAACAAUUCCUCAUUGCAUGAUGAUUAUUCUCACCAUUCUUUAAUCAACUGCGAGUUUGGCCAAACGCAGCCUGUGAAACAAGGCAGUCGAUCUCUUCACCCUUUCUUUGAGGAGUGGCCAAAUAACAGAGAUUGGUCUGGUUUGGAAGAUGAGAGUGCCAAUCAGGUUUCUUUCUCAACGGCCCAGCUCUCCAUUUCUGUACCAAUGGCUUCAGACUUCUCCACUAGUCCACAAUCCACUCAAGAAUCUUGAAAUAAGCAAUGAUUUCACCAAAGGCAACACAAAUCCGGCUUUGCUUUGGAGCUCUUGGUUUUCUUGCUUUCUCUCUCUAAAAUUACAUGUAGUUGACACUUGAUAGUGUGGAAAGGCCUGAAGUGAAGAUGUCAAGCAUGCAGAUGAGAGGAAACUUGAGUCGUUGAAGCCAAGUAUCACAUCAAAUAAAUUGCAGUUCUGGAAUUGUUCCAAUUUGGAAGUAAUGUCUUGAAGCAUGUAAAGCACAAAUGUGUAGUAAUUCAACUCGUUUACUUUACCUGGAUCGCGUUCUAUUUUUAACUUCAUUACAUAAGCAGUCCGCAAUCUUUGUUUCUCAGUCACAUUGAGUAGCAGAUUUUCAUAGUUUUCCUUGCAGGCUGGCUGUUUUGAACUUUUGAUUGUAGCAAAUAUUGGUAUGCCUUUUGCGACAAACAUUUUAUCUCAUGUUUGUUUUAGUUGUUAGCAUUUCA